AAGGGGCGGGAGCUGCGGUCUCCCUACUGCGCAUGCCGCAAUCGCGAGCUCUGAUAGGCGGCGAGAGAGGUGAUUGACGUGUCCCGGGGAGCCAACCGGGAUGCGGCAAGGGGCGGGUGCUGCGGUCUCCCUACUGCGCAUGCCCAAACCGCGAGCGCUGAUAGGUCCGCGGUGUCUCGGUGUCGCGCCGGGGGGGGGGAGACCGGGAGCGAACGGGAACGGGGGUCGGGGCGGCUGCGGAGUGCUCGCUGCGGCCGGCGCCCGGGCAUCGGGAGGCGGGCGGCUCAGGGCCGCCCUUCGUGAGGUUCCCCGGAGGCGGCAGGAGGGCGGAGGGGAAGGAGGCGACAGCCGGGGACCUCCCGCCGCGGGCGUCUCCGGGGCGCGGCGGCUGUCGGUGCCCGCGGAGCCCGGCGGGACGGCGGGGGAGCGCGAGGGGAACGGAGCGGCGAAAGAGGCGGCAGUGGAUCCGUCUGGCAGUCGGUGGCCCACGGUCGCUCGGCAACAGCAGAAGCGGAUUGAAGGGACCGGCCGCUGGAGGAUGCCGAAGCCUCCCGGGUCAGCGGUGGGAGCAGCUUUGCGUAAAGCGAGGGACGCCUGUCCCUGUUUUCUCUUCCCGCUUUUGAAGAGAAGCUGCCGAGUUAGCGUACGCUGCGGUGAAGUUGUACAAGAUGCAGCCCUCAGGAACCGGUUGACGUGAGGGAAAUGCUUUCUGACCGCCUGCGCGGUGAGGGGACGUUUUUCACCUUUUAGCUCCUUCUGCACAAGAGGGAGACGGAAGGUUAAGUAACACGUUGUUUAGGAGCUGAGAGCUUAGUUUGUAUUUAACUAAUAAUUAAGACACGUGUUGUCAGCGAGAAACUAAACGAUUACAACUAACCUCAUCAAAUGAAGUAAAGACAGGCCAGCC